AUGCAGCGGGGGAUAAGACGAGACAAGACUGGGCUGGACUGGGCUUGGUGGGACGCAGGUUGCACGGUACAGAAUCACAGAGCGCGCAAAGAAGGACUCGACAGAUUCAAUGCAGUCCAAUGGAGUGGUAUGUCAGUGACUUGCUUUCUUCACGGGCUGCAAGACUGA